GCUCCCGGGGCUCCUGGCCAGAGCGCUUUCUCUCGCUGCUCCUCUCUUUGGCCCUUUCUCUCUCUGGCACCUCGGGCGGCUGCGGUGGCAGCGGCGACAGCGACCCCAGCAGCAGCGAGCGGCGGGAGCGGGUGGCCGUGACGAUGAAGUGCAAGCCCAACCAGACGCGCACCUACGACCCGGAGGGGUUCAAGAAGCGGGCGGCGUGCCUGUGCUUCCGGAGCGAGCGCGAGGACGAGGUGCUGUUAGUGAGUAGCAGUCGGUACCCGGACCGCUGGAUCGUGCCGGGCGGGGGCAUGGAGCCCGAGGAGGAGCCGGGCAGUGCGGCUGUCCGAGAGGUGUUCGAAGAGGCGGGAGUCAAGGGGAAGUUAGGCCGGCUCCUGGGCAUUUUCGAACAGAACCAAAACCGCAAGCACAGAACGUACGUGUACGUACUGACCGUCACCGAGAUUCUGGAGGAUUGGGAAGAUUCGGUUAGCAUUGGAAGGAAGCGAGAGUGGUUCAAAAUCGAAGAUGCGAUCAAGGUUCUCCAGUGCCACAAGCCCGUGCAUGCCGAAUAUCUGGAGAAACUAAAGCUGGGCGGCUCCCCAACCAAUGGAAACUCGGUGGCCCCGUCUCUGCCACAGAGCGAUCCCUAGUAUGUACCGCGCCUGCACAGACUUCUGCUUUCCGCCUACCUUAGAAUAAAUAGUGCCCGGAGCACCUCUGCUGCCUAGUGCGGUCUCUCGGGGAGGAGGGGGGCUUCUUUUGUUUCCUUGGCAGACCUCUGAAUCACGCUUGCAAACUGUCUCAGUUGCCAGGCACUGUUUUCAGACAAUUUGCACGUUUUUCAGAUGCUUUGAAAAUCGCUGCUUCGUAGGACUGUAACAGAUUUCGGGUCCCUUUUGUGGAAGCACCAAGAGAAACAGGAAAUAUUUUCAGGACCAUUCUAGUAUUGUACCCAUCUUUCUGAAUGAUUGUUGGCCUGUUAGACUAUGAACUCUUUGAGGAGUAGGACCCAGCCGGAAUCCUGUCCAUAUUCUCAGAGCCUAGAAAAGUGGCUAAAGUUUGGAGACAUUUGUCACUGAACCACAGAUUAGAAAUGUCUACUACUAGUGUAUUCUUGAUUUCUUAGCUUCAUGUUUUAUCUGGACAGUCUCUUAUUUUCACCUGGCCUCAGAGUGGAACUGCAUUGGAUAAUUCACUGAAAGCUUUUACAAGAGUCUCAAUAAAUAUUUGUUGACUGGAGGAAUUGAUGAACCAAUAAAACUAUUAAUAAGAUUUUUUUUAGGUGAAUGGCACAGAUGUGAUUCAGAUGUACUUUGAAAGAAAUAUGUGCACCCAAUGAUGAAUGGAAUUGUGAAACACAGAUGAGCUCUUUCACACUCCCGAGGACAAGCUCAUCCUAUGCUUUUGAACACUUCUCUGUUUAUUGCAAUGACCGUUCUCCAGAUUGUUGCACUACCACUAUCUCUGUAUGGACUUCUAAUUUGGCACCUAUGGCCUUUUUUUGUGCUUUUAUGAUUAUCUGUAUUUCCCACCAGCUUGGUUAUAGUGCAAGGGUCUUGUUUCCUUAGUCUUUUUAUGUAUCUAGCAUACAAGACAUCACUUGAAAUAUGGUAGAUAUUACUGAAGAUUUGUCUAAAUAAUAUUUUGUAAUGAUACAGAGUAUCAUGUAAAGCAUUCACCUUCUAAUCUGGUGUUAGCACACUAAAUUGCUGUCUAGCAUAUACAUGUUUUUUUGUAUAUUAGGUGUCGCAUACCGUUUCUAGGCUGUGAAAUAUUAGAAAGCAAAACUUCUUACUCCUAUGUCUCUAUCAUCCCAGACAUGUGCCUCCUAAUGGUAGUAUACUACACCACCUAUGAAAUAUAUUUGCCACAAUUUUGAACCUAAAUCAUCCUGUGCCUCUAGACAUUCCUGAUCUAUAGAAAAUACAGGAAAUAGAGAAACAUUACAGCCCAGAGUUGAUGUCUGCAGAAUCCAGGCUGUAGGAAACUGUAGGACAAAUGAUCCAGUUUCUUCAGUAAACGGAUCGCCAGGAUGAAAGAAAGAAAUGGAAGAAGAACCUAUAGAUUGAAAUGGACUUGAGACAUAUAAAUCAAUUGUAAUAUAUGGAUAUUUUGGGGAUCCUGAUUUGACCAAACUGUAAAAUAAAUACAUUUAUGAGACAAUCCAGAUAAUUAUGAAAUUGACUUGAUAUUUGAUAUUCAUUGGGAUAAUGGAGAUUAUGUCAAAAACAAGAGUCCUUAACUUUUAGAGAUCCAUUCUUAAAUAUUUAUGGUUGAAAUGAUAUCUGGAAUUUGCUUCAUAAUAAGUGGAUGUUAAGUGCAUUAGAUCAAUAUAACAAGAUUGGCCUUGAUUUAAAGCUGGGUGAUGGUUAAAUGAUGGUUCAUUAUAUAUAUAUU